CAAUUAGGAUCUUCCCUAGCAUUUUGAUAGAUAGAGAGGUCAUUGUACAUGGUGGUUGUGUCUUUUCAUAUUCAAAUUCCAAAACUCCACUCACAGUCACAGUCUCAGCUAGGUGACAGAGCAACAUAUUGAGAGUUGAGACAACUGGGAAUAUAUGGAUUGCAACAAAGAUGAGGCAGCUAGGGCCAAGGAAAUAGCUGAGAAGAAAUUUUCUCUCAGGGAAUAUGCUGGUGCAAAAAAGUUUGCUCUCAAGGCUCUAAAUUUGUAUCCUGCACUGGAGGGUGUUCCCCAGUUUCUGUCAAUUCUGAAUGUUUAUAUCUCUGCUGAGAAUAAAAUAAAUGGACAAAUGGAUUGGUAUGGUAUACUUGGAGUGGAUCCCUUUGCUGAUGAGGAGACAAUUAGAAAGAAAUACAGGGUAUUGGCUCUCAGUCUUCACCCUGACAAAAAUAGGUCUUUAGGUGCAGAGGGUGCAUUUAAGCUUGUUUCAGAGGCAUGGAGCUUACUAUCUGAUAAGGCCAAGAGACUAGCAUACAACAACAUCAGGAGUGUGGGUGGACUUCAGCAUAAUGCUCCCAACCAUGUUGGGGCUCAAUCAAAAGCACCCAGUUCAAAUGGUUCUAAUAAUCCUAAGAAGAAUGCAACCUCAAAUGUGGGUGGACCUCAGCAUAAUGCUCCCAACCAUGUUGGGGCUCAAUCAAAAGCACCCAGUUCAAGUGGUUCUAAUAAUCCUAAGAAGAAUGCAACCUCAGAUGGGAGAACUGGAAAUAAUAAUGCCCGGGCACCACCUUCACCCUCCAUUCCUCGUCCACAUAAAAUGUCGGGUACCUUUUGGAGUUCCUGUAGUCGUUGCAAGGUACAUUUUGAGUAUCUCAGGGUUUAUUUGGAUCAAAUUCUCCUAUGUCCCAAUUGUAAGGAAGCUUUUAAGGCUAUAGAGAAGAGUCCGCCUCCUAAUGCUGUUAAGUCAUCUAAUUCGGCUUCUCGGAAACAUGAUCAGAAGUCUCAACAUCAUGCUGGAAAGAAUCACCCCAUCAAUCCGGGAAGAACUUCUGCAGUUUCUCAAGACAAGAAAUCCAGCAGUUCUGCAGGCAUGUCUUCUUUUAACAAUACAAGCUUCCAGCGCGGUCCUCCCUCAAGAAUGCCUGGUUUUGUUGGUGCAGAUGGAUCGUCGUCUGUUACUGCUGCAAGUAAGCAGCAUUCAAGCAAGAAAAGAAAAUUUGAAGGAGCUGCAUCAAUUACUUCGCGGGAGAAGAAUCACCCCAUCAAUCUGGGAAGAACUUCUGCAGUUUCUCAAGACAAGAAAUCCAGCAGUUCUGCAGGCAUGCCUUCUUUUAACAAUACAAGCUUCCAGCGUGGUCCUCCCUCAAGAAUGCCUGGUUUUCUUGGUGCAGAUGGAUCGUCGUCUGUUACUGCUGCAAGUUUUAAGAAGCAAUCAGGCGAGAAAAGAAGAAAAUUUGAAGGAGCCGCAUCAAUUGCUGCGCGGGAGAAGAAUAACAUGUAUAAGGCGUCUGAUGGUUCUUUUAGUAACGUUGAAACCCCUAUGGAGAAAAUAAGGAUAGAUGAUAUUCACUUGUACAGGGCAAAUCAUAUGACCAUGCGAGAUGGAGCAACCAGUUUGGGAUCUGGAAAACCUAACAUGGGAACAGAAAGGACUUAUGGAUUUCCAGGUGUAGCUAUAAAGCAUCACAUGAGAGAGUUGUCCCUUUUUGAGACAAGGACCAUGUUGAUCAAUAAAGCACAGUUUGAAAUUCGCAAGAAACUUCAAGAAUGGAGAUCAGCAGCUCAAGCUAAGGCUAGAAAGAAUGACAAAGGACAUAUAAGGCAGAAAAGCACAUUUGAUGAGAAAACAACUGGCCCAGAGAAGCAUGGAGGCUCCAAUUUUGAUAGUAAUAAUUAUAUGAAAUGUGAUUCUAUUGGUGAAAGUGUAAAGAAGAAGCAAGCAUAUGUUGCUAUCAGUGUUCCAGAUCCUGAUUUUCACAACUUUGACCUGGAUAGAUCUGAAAAUUCCUUUGAGGAGGACCAGGUUUGGGCUGCUUAUGAUGAUGAUGAUGGAAUGCCUCGAUUUUAUGCUAGAAUUCACAAGGUGAUCUCCGCGAAGCCGUUUAGAAUACAGAUCAGUUGGCUUAACUCUCGAAGCAACAGUGAAUUGGGCCCAAUGAACUGGGUAGGUUCUGGUUUUUACAAAACUUGUGGGGAUUUCAGGCUUGGCAGGCAUGAGAUAACUGAAUCAUUAAAUUCAUUUUCACACAAGGUAAGGUGGACAAAAGGCAGAGGAGUUUUUCGCAUCUUUCCCGGAAAGGGGGAAAUCUGGGCACUCUAUAAGAACUGGUCUCUUGAUUGGAAUGAAAACACUCCGGAUGAAGUGGUACACAAGUAUGAUAUGGUGGAGGUGCUUCAAGAUUUCAGUGAGGAGGAAGGUGUUUUAGUUGCUCCACUUGUUAAGGUUAACGGUUUCAAGACGGUGUUUCGCAGGCACAGCCAUGGUCAGGUAAGGAAAAUUCCUAAAGUGGAGAUGUUCUGCUUCUCUCAUCAGGUUCCGAGUUAUUCGCUGACAGGACAAGAAUCUCAUAAUGCUCCGAAGGGCUGUCGAGAGUUGGAUCCAGCAGCCACUCCUUUGGACCUCCUUCAGGCAACAACAGAAGCUGAUGAAGCAUUGGAUAAUGUUGGGAAAUCGAAGGAAGACAAAAUGCCCAGUUCAUCUGAAAAAUGUGUUUGUUAAGGGUAGUAUGCUUCAAAACCUAGUACAGAAGAUAUAUUUUAGAUGAGGAUGGUAGACAGAAAAAGGAUGAUAGAUGAUACCUAAAGUAUAGAAAAGUAAUGUGACUGAUGAUGCAAAAUGCAAAUAGGCUUAAGACAUUAAUUUCAAGAUUGAUGAAGAUAUACUUUCAUAGGUUACUAUUGAUUUUGUAAGCCUGACCAUAGUUUUUUUUGGUGCCAUAAUUGAUUGGGUUCACAGCAUUUGGAUUUUGCUAUAUAAUUUUGAGACUCGUUAUUCAUAUAGGUAUGUAUACUUGAAUGCAAUGUGAAUGAAUUCUCAUCUUAACUUUUUAUCUUAAUGUGGUUGCUAACAUCAAA